ACUCUCAUUUAUUUCAAAUUUACAAUUCCUCUCAUUCAACUAAGCUAAUCAACUACAUUCCCAUCUUCUCCUUGUGUACUAGUUCAUUUUCAUCCUCAUUUAAGGUAUGAAUAAAACCCUAAUUUUUGUUCAAUAUGCAAAUUGUUUUUUUUGUUCAUUAUUGUUUGAAUUGAAGUUAUAAAAACGUUAAUUGUUUGUUACAUUCUAUUGUUUUCAUGAUUUAAGCUUACGUUUUACACAUUUGUAGUUGAAUUUUAGGAUUUGUUUUGUAUGCAUAUAAAGUGUUUGAUGAAAUGCUUCAAUGAAAGUUUAUUACUUUGUAGGGUUAGUUUAAUGGUUUUUGUAUAUAUUCAUGGUAUUUUUAGCUUUUAUAUUUGAAAUGAACCUUAUAAUAAGUGUUCUAAUACCUUAGUAUCACAAAUUCUUGUAUUCAAAUUUACACUUCCCGUUAUAGUGUAUUGGGGUGAGGAAGUCAUGAUAUUGGUUGCAAAUUGGUAGCAAAUUGGUGGAGAUAUCACAUGAAAGAUCAUUAUCCCAUUGAAAAACAUGUUGAAUUGGUUGCAAAUUUGGAUAAUGCGAGGGAAGUCAUGAUAUGGCGAUGAAAAACACGUAACAGCGAUCAUGGCGAUGCCGGGCCCAGUUGAUCCAUCAGUGCUUACGCUUCAGGCGACACACAGGAGCGUAGCUGCGUGGGAGGGCUCCACUGCCCAAUUGGUUACUCGUCAGCACUACCAGGCGAGUACGUUACGGUGGGAGGUGGAUGACAGGGUAUUAGACGUAGUCGAGCUAGCUGGUUUUAGAUACAUUCACCGGUUGUUGGGCGGGGGCUUAGAGCUCGAUCGAGCUCUUAUCACUGCAUUGGUGGAGAGGUGGAGGCCGGAGACACAUACCUUCCACCUCACAGUUGGCGAGGCAACGAUCACGUUGCAAGAUGUGGCAGUUAUCAUGGGACUGCCGGUUGAAGGACAAGCAGUCAUUGGUCAUGGGGAGGGAAAUUGGCCAGCAUUAGUACAUGAGCUGCUAGGGGUUUGGCCGGAAAACCCUCAAGACCCCUCACAGCCGAAGAUCAUCGUUGGAUCGUCAUUGAAGCUGACUUGGCUUCGACAGCAUUUUAGCGCGCUUGACGAUGAUGCAGAUGAUGUGACGGUUGACAGACAUGCCCAAGUUUACAUUUUGUACCUGUUUGGAUGCAUCUUGUUUCCGGACAAGAGCGGCGACUCGGUACAGUUGAUCUAUCUCCCUCUACUGGGAGACUUGGAGCGCGUAGACGAGUACAGUUGGGGAAGUGCUACCCUAGCGUAUCUGUAUCGUAACUUAUGUCGAGCAUCUCGUAAGGGUGCCAAGGACAUGGGUGGAUGCUUGAUGUUGUUACAGAUAUGGUCAUGGGAGCACAUUCAUAUAGGGAGGCCCAUUAUUCGGACGGUUCGACCGGAUGGGCAACAUGAUCAGGAAGAUGACGCGGAUGAUUUUGAACCGAUAUUAGGGUCACAGCAUCGGCGCGGGAUGGAUCCUUUGGCAGUAAGCUGGCUUCGCGUAUAUCUUUCGAGAUCCCACUCCCCACAUACUCUCGUCUACUACAGGGACGCACUAGAUCGACAACGGGACGAGCAGAUGACAUGGCAGCCUUACACAGCGGCUAAGAUGGAAGCUCUACCACACAUAUGUACAUCGGGCCACGAGAUUUGGAGAUCUCGUUGUCCUCUUAUUUGCUUUAACAUCGUCGAGCUACAUCUCUCGGAUCGUGUCAUGCGUCAAUUCGGUUUGGAGCAGGUAAUUCCGCAAGCCUGUGACACCCAACGUCAACUACAUGCGAUCGAUCGGAGGACUGGGGACAAGAACUACCUCGUACGACAUAGAUCGCAUGUAGAUGCGUGGAACGACCGAGCAUCUACAUUGGUUGGAGGAGAUAACUUCACAGGUCAUAGCUCUGCUAUGUACAUGAGUUGGUACAGGCGCAUCUCCAUAUUACGCCUAACGAACAUCGCAUUUGCGCAGCCAGGAUCACAUUACCAUCCGACAUCUACGUUACUGGCUGAGCGCAUCCAAUCGGUGUUGAUACAAUGUAAUGACACGAUUCAAGGGGCCGCUACAUCGCCAGUUGACGUGGGCUAUCGGCUAUGUUCUCAGACCUUAGGCUCCAUUAAUGCGUCGUUGACCGAUGCAUUGAGUCAAGCGGGUUAUGAGUACCUCAUACCGACUCCACCCGUCAUUGGCGACGUAGAUGACACAUUCCACACUCCUUCUCCAAGGAGUUCAGCCCAUCGAGGUAGCUCUUCUGGAGGAUCCAGUUCUCGAUCCACAAGAGGCCGCCAGCGUUCAUCUACUCAGGGUCGGUCUUCCAGAUCGCCAUCGACAUCCGCUACUAUGUCGCCGUUCGUUCCCCCGUCUUCCAUCAACACUCCUCCGCCACAUCCAUCGCCUUCGCAAAGGAUUAUCACAUAUCAGCGUGCUAGUCAACGACGAGCUCCUACUCUUAAUGUCAUUGCGGAGGUUGACGAGUUCACACCAUCAUCAUCCACCGGUGCGCAAAACAAAAGGGGCCGGGGGUUGUAGUUUAACAAACUUUGUAUAUUCUUAUAUUAUUUUAACUUCUUGUAUAUUCUUGUAUGAUUUUAACUUUGUAUGUUCAUGAUUGUAAUAUAUCUUCGCAUUAUUUUCAUAAUUAAUUUUUUCAAAUCAAGCUGGUUCGUAAUUGAUUAAUAUGGAAUAGAUGGUAUUGAACUAGUUUAAUGC